AUGCGAAAACAGCAACAGGGCCAGAAGAACGAAAUAGUAAGCCCUAAGAAACAAACGAAGAAAAAAGUAUUGGUAAAACAUGAAGCUGCGAGUGAUGUAUUGCUGGGGCAACGGCCAAAACGCCAAAUCAAGGCACCAAAAAGGUUUGUUUUUGAUGAUGAAGAGGAAGAGGAAGAAACAACUUCUGCGAAAGGAAGGUCUCACUCGCCCACAAAACCUGCAGUGACAUCAACUCACAGUCGUGAAUUGGGCAUAUCCAUGGAACCGAAGCGUAGAGGUCGAAGAAAGAAAAGCGAAAAACAGGAUAUGCCUGCAGUUCCAGCAGAAGCACCAGUUAUGGAAGCAAUCGUGCUUAUCGAUGAUGAUGAUUAUUCAUUCGAUGCUCGUCGUGGCAGUCGUUCGCGCAGACAUGAUAGCAGCCCUUCAAAGAAGAAAGGAACUGAUCAAGAACUGGAUCAUCAGGAUAAAAACACGAUUGAUGGUGAUUCAACGACUUCUGCUGCGCAAGAAGAGCAGACGGUUGAGAAAUCAAGCGGCACUUCCGAAAAUGAUAAUACUUCAAAUGAAUCGGUUAAUCCUGCCAGAAAAAGUGAACAAACAGAUCAGAAGUCAGUUAAUAAUGAUGAAGAUAAACAGGUUACUGAUGAAGAAAACAGUUCUACUCCUACACAAUAUGAUGAACAACCAGUCGAGCAGCUAGCUUUUGCUCUUGAAUUCGAUCAGGUUACUGACAAAGAAAUCAAUUCUGCUGCUGCACAAGACCAACAAGUGGGCGAACAGCCAGCUAUAGAUUCUGAAUUCGAUCAGCAAAAGAAAAAGUUGCGCAGUGUUUCCCGUCAGUCCGCUGAAAGCUCGAAGAAUCAGAACGAUGCGCUGCUUGCUUCUGGUUCAGCCUCAACUUCAAGAGACUCUAGCAGCACUUUUCCCGGUAUGGAUCCAUCAAGCCUGCAAGCCAUCAUAUCCAUGAAUCAACAGAGCAGAAGCGGAGACUGUGGUCCAUGGAGACAGGUAGCAUAUCGACGAGAAACAUCAUUGAGUGGCCCACCAGUGCUGGAUAAAGUCAAGACCCAGUAUGAUCAUGUGUUGUGGAUCUCGGAAAAAGAGUAUGUGGAAAAAUCAUUGGCCGAAUGGAUGCAUGUUCCAAUGGACGGUGGUGCUUUGGACUGCAAAAUUCGAUUGAUUUUGCAAGCAAUUGUGCAGCUUGAAGAUAUUCUCAACUCACCAAUCACAACAUGGGACGACUAUUUUAACAUGAAAAAGUACCUGCAAACGCUGAUUGAUGUUAUUGUCGCGGAAGCCAAUGCACUCAGAGGACAAGGUUAG